ACCGCGGGGCCAUGAGCGAAGCCGGCGGCGGUCGGGGCUGUGGGUGCCGGGUCCCCCAGCGAGCGCCAUGGAGCCUGGUGGCAGCGACGGCCGCCUUCUGCCUGGUGUUGGCCACGUCCGUGUGCACGGCGAGGGCCGCGCCCAUGAGUAGGGAAGAGAAACAGAAGCUUGGGAAUCAAGUCCUGGAAAUGUUUGAUCACGCUUUCGGCAACUAUAUGGAACAUGCUUACCCAGCUGACGAACUCAUGCCUUUAACCUGUAGAGGCCGCGUCCGAGGCCAGGAGCCGAGCCGGGGUGAUGUAGAUGACGCCUUGGGAAGGUUUUCCCUAACAUUGAUCGAUUCUUUGGAUACUCUGGUGGUACUAAACAAAACGAAGGAAUUUGAAGAUGCAGUGAGGAAAGUUUUAAGAGAUGUUAAUUUAGAUAAUGAUGUAGUUGUGUCAGUCUUUGAAACAAACAUCAGAGUCCUUGGGGGUCUUUUAGGUGGACACUCCCUGGCGAUCAUGCUGAAAGAAAAAGGUGAAUACAUGCAGUGGUAUAAUGAUGAACUUCUCCAAAUGGCAAAGCAGCUGGGCUACAGACUCUUACCAGCUUUCAACACUACCAGUGGCCUUCCUUAUCCCCGAAUUAAUUUAAAGUUUGGCAUCAGAAAGCCAGAAGCCCGGACAGGAACUGAGACAGACACCUGUACAGCCUGUGCGGGGACCUUGAUUCUUGAGUUUGCUGCAUUGAGUCGGUUCACAGGAGCAACAAUAUUUGAGGAAUAUGCGAGAAAAGCUCUUGAUUUUCUCUGGGAAAAAAGGCAACGAAGUAGCAAUUUAGUAGGCGUGACUAUCAAUAUUCAUACUGGAGACUGGGUUCGCAAAGACAGUGGAGUUGGAGCAGGGAUUGAUUCAUAUUAUGAGUAUCUGUUGAAAGCCUAUGUCUUGCUUGGAGAUGACAGUUUUCUGGAAAGAUUUAAUACACACUAUGAUGCCAUAAUGAGGUAUAUUAGCCAGCCACCUCUCCUUCUUGAUGUGCACAUUCAUAAACCAAUGCUGAAUGCUCGGACCUGGAUGGAUUCUUUGCUUGCCUUUUUUCCAGGUUUGCAGGUUUUAAAGGGUGAUAUUAGACCUGCUAUUGAAACUCAUGAAAUGUUAUACCAGGUGAUUAAAAAGCACAAUUUUUUACCAGAGGCAUUUACUACAGAUUUCAGGGUCCAUUGGGCUCAGCAUCCUUUAAGACCAGAGUUUGCAGAAAGUACCUACUUCUUAUAUAAAGCUACAGGAGACCCUUACUACCUUGAAGUAGGAAAAACACUUAUUGAAAAUUUGAAUAAAUAUGCUCGAGUGCCUUGUGGAUUUGCUGCCAUGAAGGAUGUUCGCACUGGGAGUCAUGAAGACAGAAUGGAUUCGUUUUUCUUGGCCGAGAUGUUUAAAUAUCUCUAUCUGUUAUUUGCUGAUAAGGAAGAUAUUAUCUUUGACAUAGAAGAUUACAUCUUCACAACAGAAGCUCACCUGCUACCCCUUUGGCUCUCAACCACAAAUCGCAACAUCUCUAAGAAGAACACAACCUCAGAAUACACAGAACUGGAUGAUAGUAAUUUUGACUGGACUUGUCCAAACACUCAGAUUCUUUUUCCUAAUGAUCCAUUGUAUGCUCAGAGCAUCCGUGAACCCUUGAAAAAUGUGGUGGAUAAGAGCUGUCCAAGAGGCAUCAUCAGAGUAGAGGAGAGUUUCAGAAGUGGAGCUAAACCUCCUCUGAGAGCCAGAGAUUUUAUGGCCACUAACCCUGAGCAUUUAGAAAUCCUGAAGAAGAUGGGGGUGAGUUUGAUUCACCUCAAAGAUGGGCGAGUCCAGCUGGUCCAACAUGCAAUCCAAGCUGCCAGUUCAAUUGACGCUGAAGAUGGGCUGCGGUUCAUGCAGGAGAUGAUUGAACUGUCAAGUCAGCAACAGAAAGAGCAGCAGCUACCUCCACGAGCUGUACAAAUUAUUUCCCACCCAUUUUUUGGCAGGGUAGUCUUAACUGCUGGACCAGCUCAGUUUGGGCUGGAUCUGUCUAAACAUAAAGAGACAAGAGGAUUUGUUGCAAGCAGUAAACCAUAUAACGGUUGUUCAGAGCUCACUAACCCUGAGGCAGUGAUGGGGAAAAUUGCCUUGAUACAAAGAGGACAGUGCAUGUUUGCAGAAAAGGCCCGCAACAUCCAGAAUGCUGGAGCCAUUGGUGGUAUCGUUAUUGAUGACAACGAGGGGAGCAGCAGUGACACCGCCCCUCUGUUCCAGAUGGCAGGUGAUGGGAAGGACACUGACGACAUCAAGAUCCCCAUGCUCUUCCUGUUCAGCAAAGAAGGAAACAUUAUCCUGGAUGCCAUCCGGGAGCACGAGGAGGUGGAGGUCCUCCUUUCUGACAAAGCAAGAGACCGAGACCCUGAAAUGGAAAGUGAAGACCAGCCAUCUUCUGAAAACGAUUCUCAGAGUCAGAGCGCGGAACAGAUGCUCUCCCUUUCUCAAACAGUUGACUUGGUUGAUCAGGAGACCCCCGAAAGCCCUCUAGAUUCUCACUCAGAGCCAUCAUCUCCAGCAGACACUGAAGAAACUGCUGGCUUAGCCCCUUCUGAACAGAUACCUAGUUCCACAGAAAGCCUUGAGACUACAAGUCUUGAUGGUGAAUGUACAGAUUUAGAUAACCAGCCUAAGGAACAACCAGAAACUGAGGAAGAUUCCAAUCCUAAUGUUAGCUGGGGCAAAAAGGUCCAGCCUAUAGACUCCAUAUUAGCAGACUGGAAUGAAGAUAUAGAAGCAUUUGAAAUGAUGGAGAAGGACGAACUCUGACUCUGUGUAAAGACUCUGGUGGUAGAUAUUUAAGAAGAAGAAGUAAAUUGUGGUUUUCUACAUCCUAUCCAAGCAGGCGCUCCUGGGAGCUCUGAGCAGUGCUCAGGCACGUUCUGACUGGGUAAGUAGUUCCCGUAGCAACCUGGAGCAUGCUGUGCUAGAGCUGACCUCACCGAAACUGUCCUAUCCAAAGAGGAAACUCUCAACCCCUCAAAUGACGCUACUGCGUACCCUCAGUUCCCGGGCCAGGGAAAGAUGACUGGCCACUCCUAGGUAGACGAGACAAAUUCAGCUGAUAGGAAGUGGGAACAGCAGUCAGUGCGGCUUCCUAAUUGAAGGGAGCUUCACUGCCGUGGGUUUGGGGUCAGAAGCCCUUCUGAGAAGAUUUGGCUGAGUUCUGUGGUGUCCUGGCCUCGCUGCCACCACAGGACACUUCAGUGACCCACAGCCUUUGAAGCAGAUGCAUGCAGGGUGACAGCUGGUUCUGCUCAGUGCUUUCACCUGCUUCGUUCAGUGACAGUCGGUCAAGAUGACUUGAUUUCUUCUUUUCUCCCAACAAUGUCCUCACAUCUAAGCCAAAGGUGAAGCUAGUGUACUCUUUCCAGUGAGUUUUCCUAUAGAGACCAACUGCGGGGCCAGAAGAGGGACAUAGAGUACAGUGAAAACCGGUUGUUGAUCCUUGGGGUAAGCAGAGAGAAAGAGGAACUAUAAUGUUGCAAUAUCAACUUCUCAUUGGGCCGUAGGGGAAGCAGCAUUAUUAGCUCCUUGGGGGUAGAGUAUAUGUCUUUUCCAGUUCAUUUCUCUUAAGGUGGUUACUCUAGCCAUCAGCCUUACUCCAUCCCAUGUGUAGUAUCCAGUGUGCGCCAGAAGGCUCAUCCCAAGCCCUGGUCCAUUUUCCUAUCUUAUGGGGAGCCCUGAUAAGCCAUGGUAGUGGUCUGUAGUCUGGGGGUGACCACCAUCUUUCUCCUUUGAAGCUGAUUUCUGGCAUCACACCUAAGGAGUCUGUCACAUUUUCUGUUGAAUCAUGGAUUUAGGUUUAAUUUUGUUUUAACAAAUACUCCUUCUGAUGUGGAUUUGAAAAUUAGCCUCUGGUGACCUGUGUAAAAAAACCUAAAUAGCCAUAUAAGUAAAAGAAAGAGACUUUUUUUUUUCCUGUGGCAGUUUGGGCUGGCCACAUUUAAUUAUUUUCAGUUUUGCUUAUUGAUAGUUCUACAUUGAAAUCAUGGUUUUAUUCAUUUUAUUUAUUUUAAGCUUACUUUAAUACUUCUAAAGGAAUAUUUGAGAGACUUAAUUCCUUUUUACCAUGGCGCUACACAAUAACCUUUUUCUAAACCAUGGUUUUGAGGUACUGAAUAACUUAGACUAUGUAUGGAGCUGUUAAAGACAGCAGAGCUGGAUUGUAGUUAUGUAUAUUCAUGUACAGUAUGUCUUAGGUCCCAGGGAAACAUGCCAUUUUAUAAGGAGAUAAAUACCUGCUUUCAAAAAUUCCAGCUCAACCUAAUUGGUUCAGUGAGUAAUAAAUCUUAAAGAAUUCUCUGGGUCAUGGGGUAGUAUAACAAGUUCUUUAUUGGCUCUUAGUUAAACCUGACACCAAAAUGGGUAUUUUUAGUCUCUCUGCAUGUGAAGUUUGGUGCAAGAAGAUAGAACCAUAAUACAUAGUGUAUACAGAAGGGUAGACGUGCUUCGUUCAUCUUAAUUGCAAAGCUGCCAAAAUAGCUGAAGCUUAACUACUUGAUUUAUGGGACUGGGGCUUGGAGAAAAGGAACAGAUGUUCCUCUGAUACUUUGAUUACAGAAGCCUUAUAUGGAUUGAUUUUGUAUUUGUAGCUCAAAGCCAUUGUUGUUUAAAUCUAACUCUUUUAAGUUAUCAAAGUAGCGUAUUUUUUUUCCCUCAAGAACUUAAUGGCAUGAAGAAUCCAUACUAGAAAAGGCCAGCUUACUGCCACUUGCUGUUUUUUUGGCCACUAGGAGGCGCUGUUGCCCUUCACUAAGGUUUAGAUGAGCCUAUUGAUUUGUUUUGAAAAUCAAUUCCUUUAAAGGAAUACAUUUAAGACGUUUUGCUUACUGUCUAGAAGGAAUAAUACUCAGUUUUCCCCACCUAAGAAAGGAGAUACAUGUUCAGCUUCAGAAUACAGCAUUCUAACCGAUUCCCCAUUCAUUUUCUCAUUUGACAUACUGCCAUAAAGUAAUCUUUGAGUUCAUUAGAAAAUUUUAACAGCAUAGAUUCCUUUUUUAUUUUUUUUUGUUGUUGUUUGUUAAAAACUUUUCAUAGAUAUUUUAUUUACUUGCUGAAGAUUCAGGGACUUCUGAGACCCUGAGUUUAGAAACAUCUGGUCUACCUCAGUUAAAUGUUGACUGCUUAGAACUAGAGCUGAAAUGAUCACCACAGCCAUAAACUUGUUUGACUAAGAAAGAUUUAUAUAAUGUUUACAAACCUGGAAUCAAGUAUGGAUCUUACCUGAAAGUUGAAAGUUACCUGUUAGAGCAAGUAUUUAAUUCAGGUAUUUUCAAGUUUUAAAACUUGUUUACCUAGUAAAAAUUAGGUAUAGUUUGUUUUUUUUUACCCUCACAUAAAAAGUCCAUUGAAAUUAUAUUCCCUAAUUUACAAUGCUUUCCCUAUAAAACGUAAGUGUGAAAGAACUGUAGUUUACUAGAUAUGUUUGGGGUGAGAUAUUUUGUUAGGAUUUCUUUUUUUUUUUAACCUAUGUAAUAAGCUUCCAAAAAGAGUAUAAUUGUUUCAGAACAAAUUAUUUUGUAAUUUUACUUUUCCUUUUUCUUUACAGUGCUAGAUAUUUUAAAAUGAAAAAUUAUGUACUCUCUGACUUUAAUUUCAGUAAUGUAAUAAUUUUCUCGGAAUUCUUUUAGUUUUAAAUUACCAUCAUAUAAACCUUUCUUAUAGCAAAGCCAGCAUUUGUUCUCUCACCAAACCCCAUGCCAGAUUCAUCAUAAAGAAAGCUCAGCCUAAGUAACUGAAAUAGUGCUUAUAAUUUUAGAGGGGUGGGUAGCAUUUAGUAAAUAUUCCAACUGGUCGUUUUAUGCACAAGGCUACAGUCAGAACAUAGAAAAAAAAAACAUUCUGUGAAUGAAACAUUGUAUGUUCAGAUUUUAUAAAAGACAUUUUUAAAAGCCCAAUUUACAGCCGUAUAUUUUCUUAUGAUGUAAUUUAUGAAAAAGCUGUCUGUACUAACAGGUGCUGUAACACUACUGUUGUUGGGUUUUAUUGUUUGGUGAUAAAUGUAUACAAUAUUUCUAAUGGAAACUAUGUACUGUGAUGUAAAAGUCUGGGCAAAUGUAUAUAAUCCUUGUAUAUAAUUGUGUAUUUGAUUAUAUUACUGAUUGUAAAUUUAAUAAAACAUGUAAAUAUGCUGGUCUAGUUUUAAAUUUUGAAUUUUUAAAAUCAUUGUGCAAAUAUCUAGAAUUUGGUAUCUGUUUUCUUUUUGUUUGUUUUUCUUUACCACAGGGCAGUGACUUUGGGGGCAUUUUGGAAUAUAGAAGCCCAGGCAAACAUCAGUUCUAAAACUCACAGUGCCUAGUCAAACUAGAAUUCAAACUAAAUACUAAUAAUUCUGCGUCAAUAUUGGUAACAUUUAUGUCUUGAAUUUACUUAUAUUUAAUAAAAUUACUUGUCCUCUUUUAA